UCUCCUUCUGAAUGAAGACAAAUCUCAUUGGCAUCCCAUGCAAGUAGGCGAAUGGCUGGGUUUCGUGAUUAACACUAUUACUAUGUCUUUUCAUAUUCCUGAAAGGAAGAUGGAAAAGCUUAAGAGUCUUUUAGGCUCUGUAACUGGAGAUACGUCGUCCUCGUAUCGAGAAUUGGCCAGAAUCGCCGGUUCUAUAAUUUCUAUAGCCUUGGCAGUGGGGCCCAUUUCACGUCUUCUAACCAGGCAAAUGUACCUGGCAAUUGAAUCACGAUCAGCGUGGGACCACGCCCUUCGUUUUUCCCCGGCUCUUUUGGAGGAGUUGAGAUUUUGGUACAGCAAUAUCGACUCGUUUAAUGGCUAUUCUCUUCGUCCACCCCUUGAUUCGUCGACGGUUAUUUUCUCUGAUGCUAUUGAUGUCGCCUUCGGCGGGUUUUCGGCCUCCUUGGACGGCGUAAUGGCUAGCGGCAUGUUCACGUCUGAAGAUCUUGGUCAGAGCUCCACGUACCAUGCUAAAUGGGGUCCUUAUACAUUCGACCGCUUCGCGACCUACUACAAUGCUCAGCUCCCUCGGUUUAACUCGAGGUUUGCCUCACCCGGAUGCAGUGGGGUCAACGCAUUGGCACAAGACUGGAGCGCCGAAAACAACUGGAUAUGUCCCCCAGUUAGUCUGAUCGUCGAUUCUGUUCGUCAUCUCAUGUCUUGCUUUGGCCGCAGGACAUUGAUCAUCCCCGAAUGGCCCUGCGCUCAUUUUUGGCCUUUCUUGCGUGAAGGGUCUUCUCGGUUUAGCUCGUAUGUCGCGGAAGUGUUUGUUCUGCCUGCAGUCGAGGAUCUACGAUUGGAGGGUCCUGGUCAGAAGCAGAUCUAUAAGUCUCGACCUUCUAUUUUUCGUCGUUGUCCGAAGUUCAGAAUGUUGGCUUUGCGUUUAGAUUUUAGGUGAGUUGUCUAGCCUUCGUGGCAUACUUUUUGAGCCCGGCGGUGCACUUUUUCCGGUAUCUUUUUUGGUUACGCAUAUUUGGAUUUUUUGGCGCAUUUUAGAGCCUGAUUUGGCGUAUGUUUUUAGCCUUAUGUGGCGUGUCUUGAGGCCUAAGUUGGCUAAUGUUCGGCCCGAUGGG